AUGUCAUUAAAAAGUCAAGAAAAUAAACGAAAAAAAGAAAGUGGAGUAAUUAAAACAAGAAAUCCUGAAGGACAAAAAAGUUCCCAUGAACAGAAAAAAAGGAGAACAGUCAAUGAUGAACCAACAGAAGAGUCUGUUCUCUUUGAUGAAUCAAAUGAGGAUGUUUUAAUUAAUUCUAUUGAUAAAUCAGAUUUGAAAGGAGAGACAACAUUACCAGUUUCAAAGAAGAUCAUUGAUACUUCAAAGCAAGAAUUUUUGCAAAGAAUCUCCAAGAAAUUCAAGAACUAUCAAGAAAAAAUUCCAAAGUCACGCCAAAUUAUAACGUUGGGUUACUGGGGCAUCUUUGACCUAACGCAGGAAAGUCUCUAUGGGUGUAUAGAGUUCUCCCAAAGUGAAAUCAAUGAAAUCUCUCAAGGUUUUGCCAAUAGUGUUCACUGGUCUCCACAACCAACACCAAAAAACCUUUGUGAAUAUUUUGAUUCUGGCUGUGAUCCUGUUAAACUUGUAGAUUAUGAAGAUAACGAAAAACUACACGCGAAUAUUCAAUUUAUUUAUGGACACUUCAUUAAAAGUUGUUCUAUUCCAUCAAAUAAAGAAAACUGUGCUUUACUUGAAGGUGCCUUUUGCCUCUUGAAAGAAUUGGAGAGGAAGUUGACUGAAACAGAAAAGCUCAUCCAGGAAUUUCAAACCGAAAAUAUACGUGGAAAAUGUAGACAAGUAGCUAUUGAAAAUAGUCCAACCCUCAAUCUUAACAGAACUCCUUAA